CAGUGGAAGCGUGGAGUCCUAACCACUGGACUGCCAGGGAGUUCCCUGAAAGUGGGCUUUCUAGAUAGAGGACAACAUGAGUGUGCCCAUGUGUCUAUUUGUGUUUAUCAUUCCCUACGUUGAGAUUUGGUUCAGCAGCUCUGGACAUUCCUAUCUCUGGCCAGUACCGCGCCUGUUUCUGCAGACACUUAUUUUGGAGAACACUGACCACGUGGUCUGGGUCAGGCCUUACCCCAUCUCCCUCUAAGCCAUGGUUGCCCUCGAGUGGCUGUUCUUAGCCUGCAUUUAUUGAGCACACAAGAUGGUUUAAUGCCACAGCCCUACAUAGUGUAUGUGCUAUUUCUGUAAUUCCUUUUCUUUGAAACAUUCUUAGUCUAUGAAGACUUCAAAAACUCAUGGGUGGGCUCGUUCUCUGUCUAGCUGUGGCCGGCUGAGGCGGUGCGGCGGCAUGGGGACGGUAGCCUUGCCCCGCUACUGCAGCACUAGGGUGUCAGUUGGUCCCGCCCAGAACACUUCAGUUCUGCCCUGCAAGGAUAGAUAUAUUUGAUAACUGAUUGGUGUGUCCCUUUAAUAUAAGAAAAUGGAAACUGAACAGCCAGAGGAAACCUUUCCCAACACCGAAACCAAUGGCGAAUUUGGUAAGCGCCCUGCUGCAGAUAUGGAAGAGGAACAAACUUUUAAAAGAUCUAGAAACACUGAUGAGAUGGUUGAAUUACGCAUUCUGCUUCAGAGCAAGAAUGCUGGGGCAGUGAUUGGAAAAGGAGGCAAGAAUAGUAAGGCUCUCCGUACAGACUACAAUGCCAGUGUUUUAUUCCCAGACAGCAGUGGCCCCGAGCGCAUAUUGAGUAUCAGUGCUGAUACUGAAACAAUUGGAGAAAUUCUGAAGAAAAUCAUCCCUACCUUGGAAGAGGGCCCGCAGUUGCCAUCGCCCACUGCCACCAGCCAGCUCCCGCUCGAAUCUGAUGCUGUGGAAUGCUUAAAUUACCAACACUCUAAAGGAUGCGACUUCGACUGCCAGUUGAGACUGUUGAUCCAUCAGAGUCUGGCUGGAGGAAUUAUUGGGGUCAAAGGUGCUAAAAUCAAAGAACUUCGGAACACUCACACAACAAUCAAGCUUUUCCAGGAACGUUGUCCUCAAUCCACUGACAGAGUUGUUCUUAUUGGAGGAAAACCUGUUAGGGUUGUAGAGUGCAUAAAGAUCAUCCUUGAUCUUAUAUCAGAGUCUCCCAUCAAAGGACGUGCUCAGCCUUAUGAUCCAAAUUUUUACGAUGAAACCUAUGAUUAUGGUGGUUUUACAAUGAUGUUUGAUGACCGCCGUGGACGUCCCGUGGGAUUUCCCAUGCCGGGAAGAGGUGGUUUUGACAGAAUGCCUCCUGGUCGGGGUGGGCGUCCCAUGCCUCCAUCCAGAAGAGAUUAUGAUGAUAGGAGCCCUCGUCGAGGACCUCCUCCACCUCCUCCUGGACGAGGGGGCUGGGGUGGUGGCAGAGCUUGGAACCUUCCUCUUCCUCCACCACCACCCAGAGGAGGAGAUCUAAUGGCCUAUGACAGAAGAGGAAGACCUGGAGACCGUUAUGAUGGCAUGGUUGGUUUCAUUGAUGAAACUGGGGACUCUGCAGUAGAUACAUGGAGCCCAUCAGAGUGGCAGAUGGCUUAUGAACCACAGGGUGGCUCUGGAUAUGAUUAUUCCUAUGCAGGGGGUCGUGGCUCAUAUGGUGAUCUUGGUGGAUCUAUUGUUACUACACAAGUAACUAUUCCCGAAGAUCUGGCUGGAUCUAUUAUUGGCAAAGGUGGUCAGUGGAUGAAACAAAUCUGUCAUGAGUCAGGAGCUUCGAUCAAAAUUGAUGAGCCUUUAGAGGGGUCCAAAGAUUGGAUCAUUACCAUUACAGGAACGCAGGACCAGAUACAGAAUGCACAGUAUUUGCUGCAGAACAGUGUGAAACAGUAUGCAGAUGUUGAAGGAUUCUAAUGCAAGAUAUUUUUUCUUUUUUAUAGUGUGAAGCAGUAUUCUGGAAAGUUUUUCUAAGACUAGUGAAGAACUGAAGGAGUUCUGCAUCUUUCUUUUUUUUAUUUGCUUCUGUUUAAAAAGCCAACAUUCCUCUGCUUCAUAGGUGUUCUGCAUUUGAGGUGU